AGGUUUGAAGCUACAGAACGUUUCGCGAAUUACUUUUCUCGUCCUCUCGAUGCAGCUGAGAACGUGGCGAUGCAGUGGCAUGUGAGUCGAGAGGAGCAGGACAAGUUUGCUGUACAGUCCCAGAACCGAACUGAGGCAGCACAGAAAGCUGGCUAUUUUGAAAAAGAAAUUGUUCCUGUCUCCGUCCCUUCCAGGAGAGGGCCUAUCGAGGUGUCAACUGAUGAGUUUCCCCGUCACGGAAGCACCUUCGAAGCCAUGUCUAAACUAAAGCCGGCUUUUGCAAAGGGCGUAUCUGGCACUGUCACUGCUGCUAAUGCUUCAGGAAUAAAUGACGGGGCCGCAGCUGUGAUUCUGAUGAAGAAAUCAGAAGCUGACAAGAAAUGCCUGAAACCUUUGGCUCAGAUUGUAUCCUGGGCCGAGGCUGGUUUGGAUCCUGCCAUUAUGGGAGUCGGGCCUAUAGCAGCAAUAAGGAAGGCCGUAGAAAAAGCCGGCUGGACGCUGGAUGAAGUUGAUCUCUUCGAAAUCAAUGAAGCUUUUGCAUCACAGUCUGUAGCUGUUGUCAAGGAACUGGGUAUAAACCCAGAGAAGGUAAACAUCCAAGGUGGUGCUAUUGCUUUAGGUCACCCUCUGGGAAUGUCUGGGUGCCGCAUUCUGGUUACACUUCUCUACGCACUGGAGAGAACAGGAAAAAAGCGUGGCAUUGCUUCUUUGUGUAUAGGAGGUGGAAUGGGAAUAGCUAUGUGUGUUGAAAGGCAAUAAAUUACACCUAAAUUUUACUACAAGAACUGAAGAUACUCUGCAGCUAAGCUACUGACUGGAUAAAAUUGAGCUUUUAUUUUAGGUUACAGCCUGAUUCCAAUGAAAUGUAGGUGCAUUUUGUUUUUAUAAUGAAUGUGUAAAGUAGGUAGGUUUUAAAACUAUUCAAAACUUCAGUCCACAUAAAAUGGUUCUGAAAAUUAGUGUAACUUUUAAAUAUUUGAUUAAAAGUACUGAAGUUUGAAAUCAUA